AAUAUAUGGUGUGAAAAACUUAUGUACACAUUCCGGAAAAAUGUUGUCUCAGUCUGAAACAAUUGAAAAUAUUCCACAGUGGGGAAGGAAGUGAAAUGCAUUCUAUGCUAUGGUAGAAAGGAGAAAUAUGAUAAAAUACUUUUGCCUACAACUACUUCACAAAGUCUACCUUUUACUCUUUGUUAUUCAGGCUUCCACUUACACGGACGGAUGUGUUAAGCCAAGUUCUACCGUCAGAUAUGUUUCUACUUGUCCUAUUACGGCUGUAGAAUGGCAGAUUUCUUCUCUGAGGAAAAAUUGCUCUCAGUAUUCAGAGAAAUGUCAAUAUGAAUACCAUUGUUUAAUAAAUCCAUUUCUUAACGCAACUCUAGAAGUUUGUGCACAAAGAGUGAAUAUAAUAGAGAGAAAAUGUGCCGAAUUUAAUCCAGGAGGGGAAGUUAUACAAGAAAAUUCUCUUGCAACUUGUCAGAGAGCAGGAGAGAAUUGUUCAUACACAUAUUCUUCGACGACUGCUUAUAAAUAUCCUGGGUGCUAUAAUCUGACAAAGCUGCAACCUAAUGGUGAAAGACAAAUAACCCAAAACAACGAAAACUCUACUCAGCGGUCAUUUACGAUAUGGAAAGUGAUUUUGAUUUGCCUUGGCUGUGUGAUAGUCAUAGGAAUUAUGAUACUCAGUAUCAUAUGCUGGAAACGCAAAAGAGGGCAGGGAUCUUUGAGACAAGGCUCUAAAAAGGAAAGUGAGCCUUUUGUGCAAACGUCGGAAUUAAAAUCACAAACAGACACACACGAAAAUAGUGACGCAGAGCAUCCAGGAGAAAAUAUCAUUAAUAUUAGUCCUGAUCCAACGUACUACACAGCAACGGACAAAAUAACGUCAUCAGAGAAACCUCCAGUGUACAACAUUUUCCCUAGUCCAGUAACUGAAGAAAAAUCAGAGUCGGAAUUUAAUAUUCGAAUGGAAAACGGAAGUGAAAUUUAA